AUGUCCCAAGACUAUAAUUACGAAGACUACAAUGUCGCCGUCAUCACCGCCCUCGACUACGAAAUGAGCGCCUUCCGCUACAUGCUCGACAAAGAACACCCCACCUUACCCACCAAAGAAGGCGACACAAACAUGUACAUUCUGGGCGAAUACAACGGCCACAACAUCGUUAUAGCCUGUCUCCCAGGAAAUCAAGGCAAAGGCGCCGCCGGCAUCGCUUCUACAAAUCUAAACCGAACUUUCCCUUGUGUCGCCUGGAGAUUUCUUAUUGGAAUUGGAGGUGCGGUACCAAGUUUCGAACACGAUAUAAGAUUGGGUGAUGUGGUUAUUAGUAUGCCUGAAGGAGUUCAUGGUGGUGUUGUUCAAUACGAUUUCGGGAAGGAUCUAGAAGAUGAGUUUAAUAUUAAGGGGUUUUUGGUCCCGCCGCCGACAUUGCUCAGGAAUGUUGUGCAGGUUAUGAAGUCGAAUCACUUGCUUCAGGAUAAUAAGGUCGAUGAGUUUAUAUCGUUGAUGACGAAAAAGUCGAAACGGCUAUCGAUAUUUAAACGCCCGUCGGAAAGUCUACAACCUGAUAUUCUGUACGCAGCAGAUUACCUUCAUAUCGCUGGAGAAAGAACAUGUGCGAAUUGUAAUAAAUCAAGAGCUGUGAGUAGGGAGGAUCGUGAUGUUGAGGGUUCUAUGAUACACUAUGGGCUUAUAGCAUCGGGAGAUCGGGUCGUGAAAAGUGGUACAAAGAGGGAUAAAGUGGCUCAAAGGAUAGGUGGUGUAUUAUGUUUUGAGAUGGAAGCAGCUGGGAUUGCGACGGAGUUACCUUGUAUUGUCAUUCGUGGUAUUUCUGAUUAUUCGGAUUCUCACAAGAAUGAUGUUUGGCAUUACUAUGCGGCUGCUGCUGCUGCUGCGGCGGGUAAGGAGAUGCUUUCGUAUCUUACUCCUAUUAAUCGCUCGUCUGGUACAGCGACUUCUGGUGCUUCGUCAUCUAGUCAGAAGGUGCCUUCUGCAGUGGAUAGUUGGAUGGGUUCGAGAAAUGAGUUUAGUGGUGUGGGGAUUCAACAAACCGGUUCGGGAACUAUUUCUUUUGGAAGGGACGCAACUAUUAGUGGUAGAUAUUGA